CAGGCACAACAAGAGUCUAGAGAAUGUGUGGCUGUACUGUGAGCAGCAAGGAUCAAAAGCCCAGCUCCAGAGGGGAAACCCAUCCUUCAGCAUCCCCUACAGCAACCUCCCUGACUCCGACAAUGCUGAAAAGUAUCCCGAUAUCCAAACAACUAUCUUCUGUGAAAGCUCUGGGGAAAGGCUCAGACCUGGAGAAAGCCUUUGCUACUGCAGCUCUGAUUUAUAAUAACUUUUCUGACCCAGAUGGUAAACUCAGUAAAUCUGUCGCCAAAAACUUACUGAAGACCCAGUUUAUUAAUUUCAUCCAGGGACAAGAAAACAAACCCAAGUACAAAGAGAUCCUUUCUGAACUUGAGGAGCAAAUGGAAAGUAAGCUGGGUUUUGAAGAUUUCAUGAUCUUGCUCUUAAGUAUUACUCUGAUGUCAGAUCUGCUCCAAGAAAUCUGGACAUUAAAAAUCACCAAGUGAAAUAGCAUGUCAAAAUGGCUUAGAAGACACCCGGGCAGUAGAAGAUGGUGAUUAAGGUUGUUACCACCUUAUUUUUGAUCAAUUGCAAAUUUCUCAAAGGUGUAAAACCUGUUUUAAACAAAACAAAAACAAAAUAAAGCCUCCUUAUGAGGCUGGUUCUGUUACAUGUCAGCUCCAUCUCUCAUAUCCACUUCUUUCUCCCUUUAAUGGUGGAAGUCCAAAGGCGACUUCUAUCACCAAAUAGAUCCUGGUUUCCAAGUGUAUUCUACUGUGUCAGUUUCUCCUGGGUUAUAGGAAAACAGGGCUAGAUAAGGAACCAAAGGACUCGAGUUCUCUUUUCUCAUCUGUAAAAUCAGGAAGAUGACCUCCAAGUUCCAUUCAGCUCUCAACCUGUGAGCCUUCUUUGUUAGAAAAAUUAAAGGUACAACCAGAAUAUGUUCACCUUGACUUCACCAAAAGCUAUAGCUAUUGGGAACACAGAAGAGAAUGUCCCAGUCACUGUAUGCUAGUAAAGGCUCUAGACACAAGUAAUCUCCUCACUCUGUGUUUUGAUGCAGUAAUUUAUAAAACUAAUGCCAGAAAGUAGCUGAGCCUCUAGGAGACUAGAUGAUUGCCCCCAGGCUCCCUAACUUAGCUUCAGGAAAUAUAAAUCACAUCAUAGCUAGAAGUUACAUUAAAUCAUUUCUGAAUUAAUACCUUAUUAAGUGGCACCAGGAGGUCUAAGGGAUUGAUACAGUUUCCAGCUCAGAGUCAGGGAUCAUGUCUAUAUAGCACAAAAGUUAAGGGGUGAACAGAGCUGAGAUAUUCUCAUUUAUUAGACUCUUGUCGUUAGCUAUUCUGAAUAAUUCAGACCUAAAAUAAUUGGGGAUGGGGGGCGGGGAGGGUCUUUAAAUCUGACUAGCUCUCUAUAUAAUUUAGUUAACCAGGCAGUUACAAUGUCCCUUCCCCACCCUA